AUGGCAAGCCCGACUAGCCUCUCCAUAAAUGUGAACGAUCCUAGCUUGAUCUCGCUGGUCAAUAAGCUGCAGGAUGUCUUUGCGACAGUCGGGGUUCACAACCCCAUCGAUCUGCCCCAAAUCGCCGUCGUUGGUUCGCAGUCUAGCGGUAAGAGUUCGGUUUUGGAAAACAUAGUCGGUCGCGAUUUGUAA